AUGCAAUUCAACUUCUUCCAUCUUCUUAUUCUCUCGGUCUUCGCCGUCAUCUUCUUCACUCCAGUUCAAUCGGCUCCAUCUCACAGUGAAGCUGACAUUGAGGCUCUUAUGGGUCUUCAGGAGCAAGUCCAAGGAUACUUGGGUAAUUCCAACUUGAGCCCAGCAGCCAAGAAGCAAAUCGAAGACAUGAUGGCUGCCAAGCAAGCUGCUAUCGAGAACAGCUUCAAUGGAAAGAAAUAA